AUGUCGGUAUCGACAAGACAUUCCAUUCAAUGGGCAGAUGGCGAAGAAUGCGAACCAACCAUAACGGUUGUAAUCACUUCCCCUAAUGGAUUGUUUGUUGACGUCAGAGAGCUAAAGACUGGAGGAUUCGAUUGGUUCUUUGCCGGCCAUGAGAUUGAACAUGAGAGUAGGCAUGAGAGUAAGCAAGUCAUUGAAUUCAAUCAUGAUUUCCUAGAUUCACAAUUUAUCAGAACUGGCCAAAAACCAUCAGUCGAUCUUGGAGAAUUCAGUGAUUCCAGUAACGAAACAGAACGCAUGAACGGCAUUCGAAUCGAGAAAGGAAAAAUGGCCAAUCCUGCCAAUGGAGACGUACAGGAAUACAAGGAGAAAUGGAUAACUUGUGAUCCGUUGUGUGGGGAUUUAGUUUACAUUGGUAAAGACUACGGUGCGAAUGAAGUUGACUUUGUUGUUUUGGAGACAAUUGAAGGUAGCAUUGUGGACAACAAGAGCGUGCAUGUAGGUAGGAUUGUUAAAUAUGGACAUUGGAUUCAAGGAGUUUAUUACGACAAGACGAACAAGUCAGAAGGUGUUAUCAGAAAAUUUAAAGAUAAGGACUUGAUUUUGCAUGGGCCAAAAAGUAUCUGGCCUGAACUGAAUGGUGACACCAGCCUCUUCAAACUACAUGAUGAAAUUGAAAUGAAUGGUGUCAUUUGGAGAGUUGUCGAAACGAGAUAA